UCUGGCUAGUCGUAAGCUGAUACAUUGUCACAAAAAUACUGAAUAAUAUUACCUUGAAUUCCAAACCAUGACAACGAGAUCGCGGACUUCUGAAAUCAUAAUUUCCAAAUGAAAACUCCAAAAUUGAAACAUAAAAGAUCCCCUAAUGAAAUUGAACUUGAUGAUCAUUCCUCAACAACGGAUCAAUUAUUUUUAAUUUUAUCAUUAGAUAAAGCUGAAAAAUUUUUCAAUCAUUUAAAUAAUGAUAAACAACUUAAAUUAGAAAUACAAAAUUAUUUAGAAGAAUCAAAUUUAUUAUUACAAAGACCAAAUUUACCAUUUGAUUCUUUCAUAAAAACGGAUUUAUUCAAUAAACAAAAUAAUCAAAUGAAUUCUACAAUAGAUUUAAUGAAUAAUCAUUUCAAUAAACUGAAACUGAAAAUAUCAUUAUGGGAUUCUGCAUUAAUCAAUUAUUUUGUUGAAUGUAUUCAAUGGUCAACAACGAAAUGGAUUCAUGAAUUUUAUAAUUAUCAAAAUAAUAAAUUCAAUUCUAUUGAACAUAAAAUUCAUCAUUCAAUGUUUCAAUCAUUAUUCAAUAUAAAUACUACUACUAAUAAUAAUAAUAUAAAUAUGGAAAAAUUAAUGUGUAUUAUCAUUAGUUUUACAAUGGCUUAUACAUUAUUACGUCAUUUACAAUUAUGGCAAUUAGCAAAUAAACAUUUAUAUAAUAAUCAAAUGGAAGUGAAUCAAACUAAUGAAAAUUUAAUUAAAACUAAUAAAACAACAUGUUUAAUAGGAUCAAUUCGUUUCUUUAAAUCCUUAUUUCAAUUAUCACCUACGUCCAACCCGAUUAAUAAUGAUAAUAAUAGCAAUAAUAACAAUAAUGAUGAAAUUAAUCUUAUACAAUUUGAAAAACAAUUUUCCGGUUACUUAUUUAAUCUUGAUUCAAUAGCGGCAAAAUUAUUAAUAGAAUAUUUUUCAAAAAAUUUUUUAAAUAAACAUCAUUUAUUAGAGAAAGUAUUUGGACCAUAUACAGCAAUAAAUCAACAAUUAAUAAAAAUUCCUUGUCCACUUUAUUUUGAUACAUUAUUGGAAACAUUUGAAACAUCAACAGAUUCUGUAUGGCCAGCUCCAUUAUCUGAAGCUAUUCCACUUAAAUUUAUUUCAAAAUAUUCUGAAUUAUUUCCUGAAAAAGUAACUAAAUGGUUAAAAUUUUUCAAACCGGAUGAUAUCCCGAAAGAAAUUCAACAACAACAACAACAACAACAAGAGCAAGAUGAGAAACAAAAUGAACAAUCUAUAUCUUCAGUAAAAGAAAUUCAAAUAGAUGAAGUACAACAAGAAGAAUUAGAUCCAAUGUUCAAAUAUCUUACUUCUAUUGAUACAUUAAAUUUAGAUGAAUUGAAUGCAAUCGUUGAAGUAAAUCCAAUAGAAUUAGAUGGUAUUAUACAAAAAUUACUGUUUGAAUUAUCUAUAAACUAUUCUAAUAAAGAUUAUUUAAAUAAAAUAAAACAAAAACAAAUUGAAUUAGGUAAACAAUUAAUUGAUAGAGCAAAAGUUAGAAUUACUGAAUGGAAUGAUCAAAAUAAAUCAAAAUAAGAUGAGUAUUUAUACUAUCAGAGGAAUGAAUCUCUUUUCUUCUUCUUCUUCUUCUUCAUAUAAUGCAUAGGUUAAUGUAUACAAAAAGAGACAGUAAUAAAUCUUUCUUUACCCAGGUAACAAUACCCCCCCUUUUUAUUCAUUUAUUUCUCUAUUUAUUUAUUGCGUCAUUAUUCCAAGUCUUUCUGAAGUUGAAAUUACAUCAUACAUAAAUGAUUGAUUUCAAUUCAUAUUUUCUUUAUUACCAUUAAUCUAUUUUCAUGAGUUUUAAUCACUAUUUCAAUGUUCCAGAACUUUCCCUCUCAAACUUUAUUUAUUCGAGACAAAAAUUGUAUGGCCUCAUUAACUCUAUCGGAAUCUUCGCUACAUCAUAAUACACAUGUAUUCAUCCUUAACCACCCUCUUAUGUAUAAGUAUGUCAAUAUCUGUAAUAAUGUUGAAUUUUAAAUAUUUAAGGUUGUAAAGGG